GCUCUUGGGCAUUCUCAGUGCAGGAGCAUCCCACGGUUUGUCAGUGGGCAGCUAUGCACUGACAAGAGCCUUGUUUGCUCUUGUGCUUCAACACAGUCUGAAAACUUGCACAGCAGUGCUACAAUGGAUGAGGAACUUAUUGCUGCAAUUUGCACUCUUUACAGCAUUGGUUAUUCCAGCUAUUACCUGACUAACCUGGGCCGUCACCUGAGACGUGUAUUCAGAGAUGCUGCUCGUGAGAGCACAGAACCAACAGCAGACUCUCCUCUGGUUCCCACUGCUCCUGGAGAAGAGGCCAAAGAUGAGGCCAAAGAGGAGCACAAGCCUCCAGCCGUGGUCACAGCACAGCCUGAAUAUUCCGAGCUGGCCCUUCUGGAGAGAGAGCAUGAGCAGAUUGCUUUAGCAGAGGUGCCAUUCCAGACUCAGGGACUGCUGUUCCCAGCCCGAGAGCAGGAAGAGCAGCUGAGGCAGCGAGAGGAGGAGCAGCAGGAGAAUGGCCAGAACGUCAAGGCAGAGCCACAAGCAGAGCUGCCCAAAGCUCAGAUUCCCAUCAUGGCAGUGAAGAUGAGGAACAAGGAAGACAUGAGAAGAAUUCAAGAUCACUGGAAUCUCCAUCGACAGAGGCGUGAUCUACAAAAGCAGGUAAGUGUAAGAGUGGCUGCCACUCCACUCAAGAAACUUUCUCUCUCUUCUUUACAGAACUUCAAUGAGAAGCUGCCCGCAGAGCCGCAGGAAACUCAGGCUGUGCUCAAGGCAACGGAGAUGAGGCUGAAGAAAGAAAUGAAAAUUGUCAAAGAGAAAAUUAAUCUCCUUCAGGAGCAAGAGGCUCGAGAAAAGCCAAUCUACACAUGCUCUGUCAUGCAACCUGCUGCAGCAGCAGUGUUGUUUCAUGACACCCCCAGUCCCCAGGAUGAGAAGUGGAGCCUUUUCAGCUCAUUUAGGUCCAGUGUGGCCGCAGCUGCUCAGAAACACGAGAUGGAGGAGAAGUACCUGGAGCUACUGAGGAAAAUGGUGAAUAUGGAAAAUCCCCUGAUGAAAUACAUUGAACUGGGAAAUAUCGGCAGUGGGACUUUUGGAGAGGUUUGUAGAGCAUUCGACACUGCCACAGGAGAAGAGGUGGCCAUAAAGAAAAUAAAUCUUCAAGGACUGACUAGUAAGGAAGUAAUCAUCAAUGAAGUCAUGGUCAUGAAGAACAAUAGGAAUCCCAACCUGGUCAACUAUUUAGACAGCUACCUUGUGGAUAACCAGUUCUGGCUGGUUAUGGAGUACAUGGAUGGAGGCACUCUGAGCGAUCUCAUCAGCAAGACUCACAUGACUGAAGGAGAGAUUGCAGCUGUCAGUCGGGAGUGCCUGCAAGGACUGGAUUUUCUUCACUCGAAUCUCGUGAUCCACCGAGAUGUGAAGAGCUGCAACAUUCUUCUCAGAACCGAUGGCUCUGUCAAACUGGCUGAUUUUGGCCUUUCUGCUCAGCUCAUCCCUGAGCAGAAUCAAAGGUGCUCCAUGACCGGGACUGCUGGGUGGAUGGCACCUGAAGUUGUGACAGGUCAACCAUAUGGCCCCAAAGUGGACAUAUGGUCUCUUGGAAUUGUGGGCAUUGAAAUGGUGGAACGAGAAGUUCCUUACUGGAACCAAACUCCUGCCCGGGCUCAACUCCUGACAGCCAUAGGAGAGACCCCACAGCUGCGGCAGCCCAAGCUCUUCUCGCCUUUGCUGCGGGACUUCCUGAACUGCUGCCUGCAGACAGACGAGGCGCGGCGCUGGUCUGCCAAGGAGCUCCUGCAGCAUAAAUUUGUAACAUCAGCCAAGCCUGCAUCCAGCCUGGUGCCACUAAUCCUGUCACUGAAGAAGUGGAGGGAGAACGAGAGUGGCAAUCCAUUCAGGACCAUUUUGUCCAAUACCAGUCUAGAGUAGGAUUGUAGAGAAAGAUUGCAGAGUAGGAUUGUAGAGUAGGAUUCCAUAGUAGGACUAUAGAAUAGGAUUGCAAAUAAAUAAAUAAAGUUUAUUAAACCUC